AUGAAAACAUCUCAACAACAUCAUCGUUGUGGUUCGACACUCGUACAAACCAUCGAUGCUCCAUUGCCUCUGGUGUGGUCAAUAAUACGUCGUUUUGACAACCCACAAGCCUAUAAACAAUUUGUGAAGACGUGCGAUCUAAGCUCCGGUGACGGAGGAGAAGGCUCUAUCCGUGAAGUGACGAUAGUUUCCGGCCUUCCGGCGAUUUUUAGUCGAGAGAGGUUAGAUGAGCUAGACGAUGAGUCUCAUAUGAUGGCGAUUAGCAUUAUUGGCGGUGACCACCGUCUCGUUAAUUACCGGUCGAAAACCAAGGCGUUUGUUGCAGCCGAGGAGGACGAGAAGACGGUGGUGGUGGAGAGUUAUGUGGUAGAUGUGCCGGAAGGGAACAGUGAGGAGGAAACGACGUCGUUUGCUGACACCAUCGUUGGGUUUAAUCUUAAGUCAUUGGCUAAGCUCACAGAGAAGAUGGUGGCUCACCUAAAGUUGUAA